GUUGAUGUUUGAAGUGUCAUAACUGAAUGGUCAUUCUGUGGCCUGUGGUAUUUUAUAAAAUUAUCUGAUCGAGAGGGUUUUACAAACAGUCUUGUUUUUGUUAUGGUAGAACUCUUUAGUUUUUAUUCUCAGAUUUAGUUAUUAGAUAAAAAUUCACAGGAUGGGUAAGUAUUCUAGUGACUCUGAAAAUGAAAAACGUUGGGAUAAAAAAUCAAGCAAAAGUAGUAGAUGCAAGCGUAGAUCAUCAUCUUCAGAUUCGUCAGAAUCUAGAACAAAGCGUAGAAGGGAGAAAAAGUCCAGCCGCCGAUCGAGAAGUCGCAGCAGACACAGGUCUAGGGAUAGAUAUGGUAGAACUAGGAGAUCCAGAAGUAAAAGCACUUCAAACUACCACUCUUCUAGAUCAAAGUCUCACAGGUCAGACUCUAGAGAUCGUCGUAGAGAUCGGCAUCGCCGAUCUCGAUCAAAGUCAAGAGAUCGCUACAGAUCCCAUCGUUCAAGAUCAAAAUCUUAUAUAAGAGAGUUUGUUAGUAAACCUAAAAAACGUUCCAGUUCUAGUUCAAGCUCUGAAAGUCCUGAGCCAGUGAAGAUCAGUAAGAACAAAAUUGAUAAAUCUAAGAAAGAAGUUGAGAGCUCGACUAAAGAAAGUAGUUGUAAGCCUGAAAAAAACUCUCCAGAUUGUGUAAUUGUAGAUAAUACGGUACUAGAAGAAAUAAAUGAAGAUAAUUUCACUCCAAAGCAGUUCAGCUCAAGUAAAGCAAAGAAGGUUCCAGAUAACAUUGUUAUCGACUUGAGGAAAAAUACUAUCAAAGUACCAGAGGUUGAGCAACUGGAGCCUGACAGUAUUUUUCAUCACAGU